GGCCCCUGUCGUUUCACGUCCAUGUUUUCGACGGCACACCGGGAACAUGUUUCGCAAGUUAACGACCGAAGAGAGAAAAACAGAGCCUGCAAAUGUCCUAGACAACACUGCCCAGAUGCACCCAGGCGCCCCCCGAAUCGCAGUGUUACUAAAAAGACUUUCAUUCAUAGAGGCCUACAAGAUCUUUCCUGCCUUUCUGUGGUCGGGUGGGCAGCCUACAGACGUCACGGCUGGCGGCUGCGAGGAGCGACGCAGCUGAUCGAGGCUUCGGGAUGAUCUGAACAGACGAAUGCGUUUGCGCAGCUUCUGAACAAGUGUCUCCGGUGGCCAAUUUCUGCGUUGAACUACGCUCUUUUUCUUUAUCGUUUGAGACGUGAACGCGUGGUUAAACUCUCGGCGUCCAUGCUGCGCAGAAAAACAGGUAGCUGCGGACACUAACGCCAACCUAUGCCCGCAGACCUUUUUCUCUCCCCGUCGACGUGGACAACAACGCAGGAUAAAGGCGUUCCGCAAGCGAGCGUCCCGGCUAGCUUUUCUGAAGUCACCGCGGUUUUUCCUGAGAGCUACGUGGUUGGUCGGUACACGCCGAGUGCCCGACUUCACCGUUCUCUUUGCAAAGUCUCGGAUUUUUCCCCAUACGUGGAAAGCUGCUUUCCUGGAGACAUGGCUCCCGCCGUUUCUCGAGGGGUCGCAUGCCCUCGUUUAGCUCUGGAGUGUCUCGGUUUACGGAAACAACUUCUUCCUCAUCGCAAACACCGAGUCGUGAGCGAAAAGCGUCCUUCACAGGAAGGCGAUGCUUCUUGCCGGCCGGGAGAGUGUGCCACUGUUCCUUUGUGGCAGCACCACCGAUCGAACAUGAAGUCGCCGUGACCUGCAAAACUUUCCUCGAAUUGACUGUUGUUUCCUUCUACGACGUCAGCAGGAAAGACCUGGUUUCUCUCCAGUGUCAGACGAUAACGUUCUUUGUCUCGUCUGUUCCAACACCCUCUCGGUAAAUCUCUCACGCCAGCUCGAAGCGUCCUUUUCGAGUCUGCUUUUCAGUGGACGCUCGCUGUCGAGGAAAGCAGAGCGACCUCCCAGAGUGUUCACCCGCAACAUUUCUGCUUUUCCCCCCGAUGAGCGAGCCCCCAGCGUCUUUGCAUCGAAAAAUCUCUUCAACGCAGUCUCCCCCCGCGUCCACUCUCAUCCUUCUUCUGCUCCCGCGCUUCCUGUCUCCCUGCGCGCGGCGCGCGGCGUCUACUCCGCAGGACGACGCUUCUGAGUCUCCAAAAGCCUCGACGGCACACGACAUCUUUUCUCGCCUUUACGCGGUGGACCGCCAGUCCCAUAGACAACAGAUCUUCGCUCCCUCAACGUUUCCAGAAACUCGAGUCUCCUGUCUUCCACGCGUCUUGACUUUGCGUCUUGAGAGCUUUGCCUUCGGCGACGAAGAACGAGACACACAGACAGGAAGGCUCUCUCCUGAAUCGGCAGUUCUCUUCUGUCGAAACCUCCGAGCGAAAGAAAUCGAGAACGACGGAAGCGCCUCGCUUCCCUACGAGCACGCCUUCUGCGUUACCUUCGCGCGACCCUCAGAGGCGCAAGUCUGUUUUGAAGCGCUGUCGGCAGAACAGGAGCUGCACCGCGAAGAGUUUCGCACGACGUUCCUGAUUGCCGCGCAGGCGGAGACUGCUGAAAACUCGCGCGCAGCGAAUGCUGAAGAACUUCGCGACCUCACUCGCUGGAAGCUCUGGACUUCCACGCGCAAAUCCGACUUCUCUGCCCUCGCUCCCCGAAUCGCCGUAGUUCUGCAGUCGGCCGAUCGGUCUCUGCUUCACAAGAAGACUUCUUUCUUCCGGAACGCCCUCGACCUCGUCUCGCGUCUCAUCGCGACUUUCGACGAUCAAGCUCCUGCACUCUGA